AUGUUUUCUAUUUCCACUGCACCGGCGAAGCAGUCGGUCGGUGAGACUAUCACUGUCCUGAGCGGUCGGCUGAGCUCAGCCACGCUUCUUGAAGAUCGUCGUGCUGCUAUACUCGGCUUGCGCAGCUUCGCAAAGGACUUCCCUGCCUCUGUCGCCUCUGGAGCUCUUCGCAGUCUGAUAGGCAGCCUGAGCAAAGAUGCCGAAGAUGUCGACACUGUCAAGGUCGUCCUCGAGACCCUGCUCAUGCUUUUCAGUCCUAACGAAGACAGUCCGGAGGCCUCGGAGGAGAUUGCUCUGUGGCUUGCUGACGAAUUCACACAGCGCCAGGAGAACAUCACUCUCCUUCUAGAUUUCCUCGACUCCACCGACUUCUACUCGAGGCUGUACUCUCUCCAGCUGCUAGCUGCCAUUCUUUCUGCCCGAACCGAGCGCACAGAAGAAUGCAUUUUCACUGCCGCUCUGGGAAUAUCUCGCCUUGUCGCUGUGCUAGACGACAGCCGCGAGGCCGUCAGAAACGAAGCUAUUACACUCCUCACCUUUCUUACACCCUCGUCGACCGAUAUUCAGAAACUCGUGGCAUUUGAGAAUGCCUUUGAUCGACUCUUUGGCAUCAUUUCUGCAGAAGGUUCCCUUCCCGAAGGGGAUCGUGUCGUGGAGGACUGCCUGAUUCUAGUCGCAAACUUGCUCAGGAGGAACCCAUCAAAUCAGUCCCUGUUCCGCGAAUCGGGCGGUAUCCAUCGUUUGUCUGUUUUACUAGAGGGUGCAGAGAAGGCUCAGCGGGUGGAAGCAGAGAUUGCAGCGUGGGCGCAGGCCCAGCGUGACCGGAACAUAUACGCGCUUCUGGCUGUCGUUCGUCUGUUUCUAGUAGCAGGGGCUGUGGGGACGCCGCAGAACCAGCUUGCCUUUUGGCAACAUGGCUUGCUGUUCCACGCCCUACAACUGGCCUUCAGCCAUGUAGCCCAGCUUCCAAUCAAGGCCGAGGCUCUAGCAACCUGCGCCGACAUCAUUAAGGGCAACCCGAGCCUCCAAGAAGGAUUCGCGCAGCUUGAAGUCCCGUCUCCUCUCGAAUCGCCUUCAUCAGCCGGAUCAGGACAAACCAAUGGCGUCGUCAAGGUUUACGUGAUUGAUGGUCUCUUGGACCUCACCCUCAGCGUUCAGGAUCUCGAGGCGUUCGAUUUACGUUUAGCCGCGUGCGAUUGUCUUAAGGCUUACUUCUACAAUCAUGCAGACAUUCGCUUACAUUUCCUGCGGAGAGCGAUUGAGGGACAUGGCAUGGGAGCUGACGAGACGGCCAAUGUCCUUACGGUGCUUUUGCGGCCGUCUUCAGACGCGGCCGUCGCUAAUCCUUACCGAAGUUGGUUUGCCUCCACAAUCAUGAUGCACCUGGUUUUUGAUAACUCAAAGGCCAAAAACAUGGUCAUGGCUGUCUCAGAAGGCGAUGCUGAAAGCGGAGAGGAAGUUGUCACGAGCAUCCAGACCAUUGCUGCUCAUUUGAUAUCCGGCUUGAACCGGGACGAGGAUAGCCGGGUUGUCGUUGGCUACCUUAUGCUGCUCCUUUGCUGGCUGUUUGAGGACCUGGAUGCGGUCAACGACUUUCUUGGAGAAGGGGCGAACACUCAAAGCCUUAUACAGGCAGUGAAUCAUCCAUACGCAACUGGCGACCUUGUUCAGGGUCUUUGCGCGAUGCUGCUGGGCGUUCUAUAUGAGUUUUCGACAAAGGACUCACCAAUUCCCCGAGCUGACCUUCAUUCCAUUCUCAUUUCCCGGAUGGGCCGCGAACGAUACAUCGACAAGCUAUCUAAGUUGAGAAGCGACCCGCUGGUUAGGGAUUUUGAGGUUAUUCCCCAGAAUCUUAGCAAUUCCGGAUUGGGUAGUCUGCCAGACGUUUACUUUGACUCGACAUUUAUCGACUUCUUCAAGGACAACUAUAGCCGAAUAUUGCGUGGCAUCGAUCGAGAUCCCGGCUUGGAAAUUUCCGUAGUCAAGAAUGGUGUCCAGACGGGGGUGUCCAGAGAGCUCGUGGACUCACUGCGAAGCCAAUUAGCCGAAAAGCAGCAAGCUUUGCAAGAGGCUCAAGUCAACUUGGAGACGGUCAGUCGACAUCUCGGCCAGGAACAAGCCGAUCAUCGGCGAACUCGAGAGACCACUGCCAUGGAAUUGGCCAGAAUCAAUCAAGUCAACGAAGGAAUGCAAAGGCAACACGACGCAGAGCUACGCAAGCGAUUAGAAGAGGAACAGCGAAGGGCAGCCACUCAUGUCGCAGCUCUCGAGCAACAGAACAAGAGGCAAAUUGAGGAAGUACAAAGAAACACAGCUUCCCGGGUUAGGGCGCUCGAGGGGGAGCUUGAAAAACAGGCUGAGCAAGCACGGCAGACCGCCAAAGCCCAGGCCGCCUCGCAAUCCGAGGAGCAUCGCAAGCAGCUAGAGCAGGUACGCAAGACAGCCGAGUCGGACGCCGAUCGUGUUCGCCACCGGGCGGAGGCGGACAUGGCAGAUCUCAAGGCCACCAUAAGUCGUCUUGAGGUUGAUCUCAUGAAGGUGACUAAGUACCCACGAUACUGCUUGAAUGGGACGCUGACUCUUUCACAGGCCAAGAAGACCAAGGCGCAGGAGAUUCAAGCCAUUCGGGAGCAGCUUGAGAAGAAGGAGCAUGACCAGGAGAAUCUUGCCACUAAAGCAAACGCUCGUGUGGAGCAGCUCGAGAAGAACCUACGUGAGGCGCAAGUGAGGUUUACCCAGCACGACGUUACUAUCAAGAAGGCUCAGGAGGAUAGAAAGGCAACUCAGAACGAGCUUGAUGACUUGCUCAUGGUGUUUGGCGACCUAGAGGAGAAGGCAGCCAGGUACAAGGCAAAACUCAAGGAGCUGGGAGAAGCAGUGUCUGAUGGCGAAGAAGAUGAAGAUGAAGACAGCGGGGAGGAGGAGGAUGAAGAAGAAGAAGAAGACGGACACGAAGACGACGACGAUAACAACGACGACAAAGAAGACACCAAAAGCGAUGAUACAAAAAGCACGUCAAACGUAUGA